AUGGGUACUCGUUGGAAGAGAAAAAAACGUAAACCGACGAAAAAGAGCAGAAUGAUGCGCCAAUUCAUACAACCAAGCCCUGAGAACACAACCGCAGGAUUGCAGUAUCUGCGAGAUAAUAUCUUUCCUGAGGGUCCCGUCGCUCUUGACUGUGAAAUGGUUGGGGUUGGUGUUGACUGCAGAAGUGCUUUAGCCAGAGUAAGCAUUGUUGCGCACGAUGGUUCUGUUCUUUACGACGUCAUAAGCCGGCCUGAAGAGAUUAUUACCGAUUACCGAACCCGUUGGAGCGGGAUACGUCCCUCAGAUAUGCAGAGAGCCAUUCCCUUCGAAUCAGUAAGAGAGCAGGUUAUGCGGAUUAUUGAAGUACGUCGUAUGUCCUGCCGAUUCAUCGGUAAUGGAUUUGCCAAUUUGUUGGGAAAACCAUCUCUCUUACAGAACCGUAUUGUGGUCGGACAUUCAUUAAAGAACGACUUCGAAGUUCUCAAAAUUGAGCACCCAAAAGACAAGAUCAGAGAUGUCUCCUCAUCUCCUCACGCAAAAGCUAGGGCUCGAAUAUCUACAAAGGGUCCUCCAGCCCUUCGCCACCUAGCCUACGUUCUGUUAGGCCUACGCAUUCAACGCAAGGAGCACAACUCCAUUGAAGACGCCCAAGCAACUAUGGCCAUCUAUCAAUUGGUAGAGAGAGAGUGGGAAGCCGAAUUAAAGAAGAAGGCAGCUAAACGAAUGCUCAGUACAAAAAGAAGUGCCGUUGAAGGCAAUACUGAGGAAAUGCGUUCUCCUUCGGCUUCCACUUUAGAAAUCGACAACUCUAAAUUGCUCUCCGACGAUGAAUACUGGACAGCAGCCGAGGAUAACGAUUCGCCAGUCUGA